AUGGAGCACAAGCCGACGUUCAUGGAGAACAUCCUGCGUACCAAACCGCUACACGUGAUCAAAGCCGAGGAGGCAGCCGAGGAAUUGCCUCGCCAAAUGAGCCUGUUCGAUCUCCUGUGCAUCGGUAUUUCCGCCAGUGUGGGCAGCGGUAUCUUCUCAACGACUGGCGAGAUCAUCAGUAGCACUGCGGGUCCUGCUGCUUUUGUGAGCUGGAUCGUCGCUGGCAUCGUGUGCAGUAUCAACGCUCUGGCUUACAUGGAGAUGGUGACUCAAGUGCCGUCGUCGGGAAGUACGUACGCUUACUCGUUCUACGCCCUUGGCGAGCUACCGGCUGUAGUCGCGGCUUGGCUGGUCUCACUUGAGUACGGAGUCUCGGGAGCUGGUGUGGCUCGUAGUUGGGCCACCAAGGUACAGGAAUGGCUGGAAGAGGAGCACCCGACACACUCUUACCAAUGGAUGAACGAGGACUACACGAACUUGCUGGGCGCCGUGUUGAUGGCGCUGUGCGUCAUGGUACUUUUAAUGGGCAUUCGCUUCAGCAAGUGGUUCAUCAACGUCUUCACAACGAUCAAAGUUCUUGUCGUCCUCUUCAUCAUCGUCGCUGGAUUCGCCUAUACUGACGCCGACAACCUGUCGCCAUUCGUGCCCGAACGUCAAAGUGUCGACGGCGCCAUGGCUUUCGGUGCUCAGGGAAUCAUCACUGGCGCUUCAUCGGCUUUCUUCGGAUACGUAGGUUUCGACGAAGUGUGCUGCCUUGCAGCGGAGGCCAAGAACCCAAAGAAGACGAUGCCGCUAGCUGUCAUCGGUACCGUCUUCGGGAUUAUGUUCCUGUCGUCGUUCGCUUCGCUUGCCUUGUCCGGUCUAGUCCCGUAUGAGAAAGCUACGAGUUUUGGCGCAGGUUUCGACUACGCAGGCCAGAACUGGGCGGCUCAGAUCGUCCGCGCCGGUGAGACGUGCACUAUGCCUCUGGUGGUGCUGGUGAGCUUCCUAGUCCAACCGCGUUUGAACUACGCUCUGUCCUGCGACGGCCUGAUGCCUCAAAUCUUCGCUAAGGUGGACGAAAACGGCAACCUGUUCCAGAACACACUCAUCACCGGCGUCGUGUUCACUAUUGUCGCCUUCCUCGUGCCCUUCAACACUCUUUGGGACGUCGUGAGCUUUGGAAUUCUUCUGUCUUUCAACAUGACCAACUCGUCGUUACUCAUGAGCCGUAUGCGUCGACAAUCGCCUUUUCUGGCGCCCAAGCUCAUUGGUCUGAUGGUGGGUUCAGCAUGGCUAGCAGCUUUCUUCUAUCAGAUCGGCUACUCGAACGAAGGUCACGUGUGGUGUCUCGUCUUGGGAAUCAUCUUCCUCGUCGUCACGAUCAUCGCGUGCUUCGCCAUGUACUUCAAACGUCCCCAGGAUCACCCAGGCGCCGACAGCUUCGCCUCUCCAUUCGUGCCUUUCAUCCCCACCAUUUCGGUACUGGCCAACUUCUAUCUGGCUGCCCAGAUCAAUUACACGGGCAUUUACGCCAGUGUCGCGUGGUUGGCAGCUAGUGUGGUCUUCUACUUCAGCUACGGCUACAAACGCUCGGCGGGCCGCAGUGGCUGGAGCUCGCUGCUGAACUUACCACGCGACUCCACGCUGCGCUCGCCCAUGCUCUCGACUGCUGCCGACAAGAAGCAGCUCCAGGAGUAG